AACAACGAGAGAUACAACAAUAUUUAGAUGUAAUUUCAUUUAUAAAUGCAACCAAUUCUAUAGAUGAUUUAAAUAUUAUAGAGUUAACUACUGACGCUUUUGGUCCCAAUAGAGAUUUUCUAAAAGCUGUGGAAAAGUAUAAUCCAAUUAUAAUUCCGGUUC